AUGGCCAAGAAAGACUACGAUUUCGUGUCAGCCAGCAUGACACCACAGUACAUUGUAACCUUGUCGGUGUUGAUGUUCACCUUGUCUUCGACCAAUGGCUCACUUAAUGCGCCCCGGUCGAUCGACUGUCAGUCCAACUCCAUAUUAAUGGAAACCGCGAUCCUUGAGAACUAUUUGACCGACCAACACACCGUGGCGGUGAUAGACUCGUACUCCGAAAUUCCCAUCGUGUCACCGAAUUGUCUUCGUACUCCCAUCAAACUACAAGCCUUCACGCUGAAUCGCUUCCAACGAUUUGUUGAGGAGACGUAUGAGCAGAACACGCAACAACUCGAUUACCGAACGAACGAAUGUUUCGUAGGAGCUGGCCAUGUCGAGCAGCUGGUGGAAGAGUUGAUCCCAUUUCUGGCACGGUAUAACCCCCGCGCCAAGGUGAUGUUGAUAAUGCAGCACACGUCCGGGGAGCAGCUGGCCGAACUGUUCCACAUCGCCUGGUAUCGAUAUCGACUUCUUCAGCUCGUCGUCCUCAACCACCACGAGAACGAUACGAUGGAAAGUUGCGUCUUCAAUCCGUUCCACAAGCAAACCUCUCUGAGUGUGUGGCCACCGGAAACUAUACCAUCCGAUCUUGAGUGCCGUUUGCUCACGGGUGUCAACGAGUUGAUGUCGUACAGUGCGGAGUUGACCCUGUUCACUCACGAAAGGGUACGCAACCUGCACGGAUAUCCAUUGAAAAUAGCGAUGCAUUCGAGUAACGGUUCGACUUCGGCAUACGAUUGCAUUCUCGGCACGGUCACCUUCACCGACAUCGAUCAGGAGAUCCUGGCGAUCAUGCAGAGUAUGCUGAACUUCAGCAUGAUCCUGCACAAUGCCGAGCUGGAGCUUUCGAUCGGAUACAUUCACGCGAAUGGAACGCCCGUCGGGACGCUGGGAUUGAUCGAAAACAAUCUGAUCGAUCUGGCAGCAAACUCCCGCAUCAUACACAACUACGACACGCGCAAUCUGCUGUACUUGCACUACAUCACGACGGAGAAGCUGGUGUUUAUAACGCCCCGAAACUUUUACCGCAACCGCGACAUAACGCUCGUCUUCAUCAAUCCUUUUAGCGUGGCGUACAUGUUGACGAAUGUGCUGCUGUCGUUCGGUGCCCCGCUAACGAUCUAUCUACUCGAGCGUGUGGCACACCGGUUGCCCGUCCCGGUGACCACCCGGCAGCAAUCGUUUGGGACGAAGGUGCUCAACACGGUCGGAAUCAUCUACAACGUAUCGGUCCAACUUCCCCGUUCGGCCCGCAAGCGGUGGAUCAUCGUCGGCUUGCUGGUGUACAACAUCGUGUCCUACCCGAUCUGGCAGGGCGUCACGAUCCGCUACCUGCAGCCGAGUAACGAGCAGGUAAACAACAUCAACAGUCUCGAGCAGCUGAUCGAUACCGAUCUGACGCUAAAAGUUUCGCAGUACCACGAGCACAUCGUACGCCACGAAGGGCCGCACCAGCAGAACCCGGUGUACCGGGAGCUAACGGGCCGUCUGAACACCAAGAACACUUCCUCACUGCGUCGCUCGAUCGAGAAGAUCAUCGUCGAUCGUGAUACCGCACUGCUCAUCUCGGACGUGUACGUCCCACUAGUGUUGGCCGGGAACUACAAGUGGAUUCCGGGAAAACCGGACGCCAUCUGGUCGAUCGGGAAGCCGAUCUAUGAGUUUUACAAAUCGAUGGCCGUCCCAAAAACAUCCCCAUUCGUGCAACCGCUCAACUCGAUCGUGUUGGCUAGUGUGGAGGCAGGUCUCAACGAUCGUUUCAUGCAUCAACUCGAGACGGUGGUACAGCUGAUGAAAAUCCGUCGCAUCAAGGAGCAUCCGGCCAAGCCGAAUUACAUUGUGUUCAAUAUGGAGCAUUUAAUGCCGCUGUUUGUCUUCUACUUCGCAAUGAUGGCGCUGGCGUGUGUUAUUUUCCUGCUGGAGAUCGUCGUUUGGCGUAUAACGGAGGCAAGGGGGCGUCGAGUAAUUCCCCCAGCUGUCGACGAUGAUUACGUACCAUUUGAAUUUGUCCUAUGA